GCCGUAAGUCGCGUGGGAAGGCGGAGAGCUGACGGACCCCUGUUCGCGAGCUGGAGCUCGCAAAAGGAAGAGGCGCGGACAGCUGCAAGCAAUGGACGGAACGCAGCCACCGGUGAUAGCCACAGGCCGUCGCUUCGGUGAGUUACUUCAAAAACGGAAGCCUCUCCUUUCACACAUCUCAUCUUGCGCCUGUGUGUGCGUUGGAUUGUGCAGGCUCGUAUGAGUAAGGGAGGGGCGGGAGCUGCCACGUGUCCGUGACAGCUAGGAACCGAACACGCCGCUGCCUGCACACGUGUGUGCGUGUGUGUGUGUGUGACUGUUCUGUCUGUCGGCAGGCUGUUGGAUCAGAUUGGCUCCGGCGCCAGCUCGUAAGUCCAUCCACUCAGUCAACGCACUGACGGCCUUGUGUGUCACUCACGUGUGUUGUUUGACUGCUCGAUAUCCGUCAGUUAUGUGUUUCGGUGCAAGGCGUUGAGUAGCGGUGAGAUUUAUGCGGCCAAGAUCAUCGACCUUCGUUCGUUGCGUCUUCGGCACGAUGUCAAGCGCGAGAGGACCAAGCUGCGGCGCGAGGUGGCGAUCCUGCGUCGGAUGCACCACACGUGUGUGGUCAACCUGAUAGAGGUCAUCGAGACGGAGAAUGAGCUGUUUCUGGUGAUGGAGCUGGUGCGCUGCGGAGAGCUGUUCUACCGCAUAGUGGAGCGCAAGGCGCUCACAGAGGACGAGGCCAAGUACGUCUUCCGGCAGGUGCUCGAGGCCGUCAAGUACAUGCACUCACAGGGAGUCAUUCACAGGGACCUCAAACCGGUACGUACGUACGUACAUACCUAAUGGCUUGGAGGGAGGGUGGGUGUGGUGUGGUGUGGUGUGUGGAUGGGAUGGGAUGGCAUGCACUUGGCUUGGCCUGUCUGUGUAGGAGAACAUCUUGAUAGCGGAGAUCUUGGAUGGGAGCUACUACCGCAUCAAGGUGGCUGACUUUGGUCUGGCCAAGCUGGUGCAGAGCGGCUACAGUGCGGCCAAGACCUUCGUCGGCACGCCGCAGUACUGGGCGCCGGAGGUCAUCGAGGCCGCCAACACGGGAUCCGCCUAUGGGCCCGCUGCUGACCUAUGGUACGUACUCGUGGACGGACGGACGGACGGACGGAGUGACGAGACGCGCGUCUAUGUAUUGAUGUGUGUGUUGUGUGCAUUGAAUGCAUUGCAAUGUGUGUAGGUCGCUGGGUGUGUUGUUGUACGUGAUGCUUGGCGGCACAUAUCCCUUUGACACGCGUCGAGGGCCGGUGGAGAAGCAGAUUCGAGAGGGCGACUACCACUUCAGAUACGCAGCAUUCCAAAAAGUCUCCAGGAUGGCACUCGACCUCAUCAGGUCACCAACCAACACAACACAACACAAGACGACACAAUGCACCCAACAAAGGAAGACGAGCCACACACACAUCAAUCAAUCGUUGAAUGGCUAUCUGUUUCUGUGUGAAUUGCUGUCUGUCUUGUUGUGUCAGAGGCCUCAUGACGGUCAAUGUGUCGCGUCGUGUGACGCUCGAGCAGGCCUUCAGCCACCCAUGGAUGCAGCAACCUUUCUCACAAAACGUCCCACGUAACACGGCAACAAACAACAAACAAAGGGACAAAAGGCACUCAAACACCCAGCCAGCAAUGCGUGUGUGUGUGUGUGUGUGUUGUGUGCCCGGCCAUGCAAUCGCAAUCAAUGUGCCCAGCGCUUCCCGCGAUGCAUCCGCUUGCGAGUCAGGAGAUGCAUCCGGCGCCCAUGCAGCCCUACUCGUCGAUUCUGGCGGGCACCUCCAUGGACGCCGAGGGGGACCACGCAGACCACACCACAGGGGGCGCCCCACCACAUGGCAUAGAUGGUGCUGCCAUGAGGCCGGCAGACCAGUGUGAGGGGCAGGGUAAUGGCCACCACGGGCAGCACUACCAGCCAGACGGCGAAACCGCUGACAUGGGUAUGCAGCCAGCCAGCCAGCACCACAGCACAGCAUAGCACACGUACCGUACAUGCCAUGCCAUGCACAGAGAGGAAAGAGAGGGACACAUGAAAAAAUGAGUGAAUUUAAUGUGGACAUACGGUAUGUAUGUAUGCAGCUGACGUGUCGUCCGGCGGGGCCGCUGGCACCUCUGGUGCCCCUCCCCCCCAGCAGCCCCCGCCUGCGGCACCUGCGGCCGCCGCGGCCGACUCACAGGCAUCAUCGCGCCACGCCAAGACCGACAAGACGACGGCUUUCACACUUACAGAGGGGGCUGCUGCGGCCGAAGCUGUAAGCCGCACAACAACGGCACACAGAUCAAGACCCACGCUCACUCACUCAUUCACUGUUCCCUGGUCCCUCCCUGGAUGUGUGUGUGUGCAGAUUUUUAGUCUUCGCGAGCUGUUUGAGCUGCAGGUGUCGAUAGCGUCGCGCUUUGAGAUGGCCUGGCUGGCGUUCAGAAACGACAGCAGAAUCGCAAGGUAACGUACGCAGGCAGGCAGGCCAGUCCUGAGAGGAAGGGCAGACCAAGCGCAUCAAGGUUGGCGUCGGUCUGUGCAUCUGUCGGCUGUGUGUGUGGUGUAGGAAAAUCCGGACGUGUGCACUUGAGUGUCGAGAGCGGCACUUCCGGUCGACACGGGUCAUCAAAGGCGUAAGCACACCAACACCUCACCACACACACAGGUGGAUGGAUGGAUGGAUACAUGGCUGUUUGCUCUGUGUGUGUGUGUGUGUGUGUGUGUAGUUUUCGGGUACGUGUGAGUCAGUGCUGGAGGUGCUGCCUGACUUGCAGCUGGCGGUCGAGGAGAACGCACCCAAACUGGGAAUGGACCUCAUGGACGUACGUACGCAACGCAGAUGCGUACGUAUGGUCAUCAAUGAGGAUGUGUGUGUGUGUGUGUAUGUUCUCCUGCCCUGUUCUUCGGCUGCGGGUGUGUGUGCAGUUGGUCCGCGGCUGGGUUCUCAAGAUGAAGGAUGAGUCGAUGCAGAUACAGACCGACUACACCGCAAUGAUACGGUCAGUCAGUCAGGCACUCACCCAUACCACAACACAGCAAGAGAGGCCAUCGACACGGGUGAACGGGAGGGACACACCUGCCUGCCUGCCUCAAUGUGUGUGUGUGUGUGUGUGUAGUGACAUCAACGAUUUGAUAGAGAGUGCGAGGGAGGCCAAGCGGGCCCGCGACCGUCAGUUUCAGCAGAACUACGAGGACUUCCAACUGCAGAUAAUGCGCCAGCAGCACAUGCGGCCGCCGCAGCAUGCCAUCGGCAGCGACCGUGUCAGGCUGCAGCUCACCAAGCCGCCCAGCGACGAGGACGUCCACACAUCGGCAGCAAACCAGCACAAGGCGGGGGAGAAGGCACCCCAGGGUGGCCCUGCUGCUGCUGGUGGUGGUGGUGCUGGUGGCGACGACGAUGGCGACAUGGAUGCGCCGAUAAUUGAGGACGUGACGAGCCCUGUGCUGCAGCCACAAGUGUCGCUGCCCGAGUCAGACGAGAGCAAGGGGCCCGGAGCACACACCGCACCUACUCCACAGGUACGUACGCACGUAAGUAGGUCGCUUAGCAAGGCGUAGACGCCUCUCUGGGCUGUCUUUCGUCACCCAUUUCCCCUCUGUAUGGUGCACAGCAGCAUAGCCCUGACGAGGCGGGUCGCGUCCAUCGUGGUGCGGCAGGCCACCCGCCCUUUGCUGCCGUGGCGAGUCUCAACUUCGACGCGGUGCGGAAUCGUCUGCUGGACCAGCUGUCGACGGCCAUGAGGGAUGACGACAAGGAGGGUCGCCCCGAGGCCACAGCCAAGCGGGAGUGGACCCGCCAGGGGCCUGCAGGGGCGCUCCAUGACCGGGAGCAGAUCACCGAUGAGUUGAUGGAGCUGCUCUUCAUGACCCCUGGCAUCUUCAAAAUCAACCCCAUCACCAAGAAGUGGAAUAUGGGGCCGCAGGCACUCACGGCUGGCGAAGCGCCCGCUGCACAGGCGGGGAGUGCCGCAGCUGCUGCUGGGAGUGCAGCAGCUGCUGCUGGGACCGAUGGAAACGGGGCAGAUCGCAAUCAGGUGGGCAAACGUGCGUGGGGUGGGGGACAGGACAGGAAGAAAGCGAGCAACAAAGGGAGGGAGGGAGGGAGGGAGGGAGGAGAGGCCAUCCAUCCAUCCAUCCAUUCACUUGCGCGCCAAUGAAUGGGGACCGGGUCAGUAUGGGUGACUGAUUGAUAUAUGGUGUUUGCAACUUGCUGUGGUGUGUGUGUCCGUGUGUGUGACGUGCCAGGUUCUGAAGCCGAGUGAUCGUAUCGAUUCGCUGAGUUCUGGCAAGUCCACCGAGGAGGAAGGCAAGAGUCAGCGCAAGGGAACCCCAAAGCAGACAGACCAAGACACAUCUGCCGUGGAGGCUGACGGGGCCGCCAGCAGCAGAGACAACAUUGAGGAAAUACCCUACUCGGGCAAACGAGGUCCGUAGUGCACACGUGCGGACGGCAGUGCAGUGCACUCGCUGAAGCUGUCUGUCUGCGUCCCUCCCUCCUACGUAUUUCUCUGUCGGUGCGUGCAGGUGUGCGGGGCGACGGUGGUGCGGCCCCGCUGUCUCACACACUCGCACUCUCUGCCGUCACUGGUGCGUUGCCUUAUGAGCAGAUAGAUAGAUGUCACUUAAUGCAAUGCACGCCACUCCCGACCGACCGAUUUCAAGAGGCACACAGACCGACAUCCUCAUUCUUCUUGUUAUAUCGUUCGUCAGUUUUGGACAACCAGGCGACCCACCAGUCGGCUCUUCUCAUCAAAGGUAAGACAAACAACCCUCCCUCCCUCCCAGGCAGAAGUGUCACCGACAGAACUCGCUGUCUUUCCUUCCGUCUGUCUGUCUGUCUGUGUGCCUACAGCUCUCAACGAAUUGCGGAAGAUCGAUCAGAUCCUCAGCAGAUGCGCGGUGAGCGGAUGAGGGAGCCUGCAUGACUGACAGCACGGUGUGUGCAGCAUCUGCAUGCACACGAUUCCGUCACUUUUCUUUUGUGUCCAUCGAUAUUGUUUGCAGGGCUUCUGGGCGAGGUAAGAGAGGACAAAGGAUGGCUUAUACCUCCCUCUGUGGUGCAAAUGACUGAUACAUACACGGGUGCAUGCCAUGCAGCAUGGACUCCACCAUUGAGCGUCUCUCGCAGAUGAAGGUCAGUCAGUAAGCAAGCAAGGGAGGUCGGAGGGAGGGAGGGUGGGUAGAUAGAAGCACACCAACCACCCAUCCAUCCAUUGCUGUGCGUCGGUUAGGAUCGCACCGAGCGUCUGAUUUCUUACGGUGCAACGCAUCCCAGGUACCCAGCAGGCAGGCAGGCAGGCAGCUAGCAGAGAUACACAGAUCUAUUCAUCGACCAACUCAUGAAUGUUUGUCUCGUCUUGUCUGUGUCUGUGUCUGUGUCUGUGUGGCCAUGUACUCAUUCCUGCAGGUUUCGCCAGCGGUUUGAGCAGCGUCUGGAGGAGUAUCGUCACUUCUGGGAGCAGCUGAGGGCUCUCUGCCAGGAGUACCUCAAGGAUGCCGCCAAGAGAACUGAGAAAAUAUACGGUCAGUCAGUCAGUCAGAAGGGCUUACAGACAGGCGUGCCACACACACACACACACGGAUCAAAUUGUCCGGCUUUCUAUCUGUGUGUCUGUCUGCUUGGCUCAGAGUUCUUGAUAACCGUCGGCGAGACGGCUGAUUGUGUCGACAGUAUGAUGGUAUAGACACACGCACCCUCAUGCCGACACCUCGUCACCUGCCGCACGUGUGGCUGCUGUCCGUCCGUCCGUCCCCCCUCUGAUCCACCAUCAGGCGAUGCUCCCGUCUGCUGCGGUCCCCCCCUGACUGGUCGACUGGUUGAUGGCGGUGGGUGAGUGGGCGCGUGAGUGGGGUGUCUGCCCACCGUGUGCCGCCCACCAUUCGUACCGGAUGAAGCAGAAGACCCGAAUUCGUAGCAGCCAUGCAGCCAGCCAGUCAGCCAGUGACGCGACGUGACGCGGUUGAAUGAAUACACAGCCUGGUGGAUAGAUAGAUCGACAGCCCAGCCCAGCCUGUGCAGCGCUGACUUUCGCCUGCACGGUUUGCACCAGUGCGCUACCGAUCGCAUCUUGUUGGUCGCCACGACAUUCGUACAGAUACACACAACGUACAUUCAUGGCCGGAUGAGAGAAUGCCGUGACUCGGGUGUCCAAAUGCACACACACGAGACAUUCAUAUCAAUAUUUCUGUG